AAAUAUCCAGUUGGCUACCACUCAAUGUCAACAAAAAACCCUUAAAACCCACCACUUUCCUGGAUAGACUUGCUGAUACUAUCAUAAAUCCCACUAUAAAAGUAUCUAAUGUGGAAAAUCACACUUCCACCCAUUAUAAAAAAGAAACCAAAAACGAUUUUGUUACUAACAUACAAAGCAUCUCUCACCACUUGUUCUUCAGUCUACUCAAAUCGUUUUUAAAAACAAAAUUGUAUCUUUCUCUCCAUCGUCAUCGUUUUGAUAUUUUUCACUAUCUUUAUUCGACCCUGUUCUUGUAGUCUCCCAAAGAGUUACCAGAACAAUGGAGGAAGAAGGGCUUGCAUCGCCACUUCUGAGUAAUCAUGUGAAUCAAGAACCACAAAAGAGAGCUCGAUCAUAUUCAUACACUAAAGAUGAGAUAUUGACAGAAUUUAAGAAGCAGUUAUACUUAGCAGGGCCUUUGAUGACAAUAAAUCUAUUGAUUUGUGGGUUAUCGAUGAUUUCCGUCAUGUUUGUGGGUCACCUUGGUGAGCUCGCUCUCUCUGGUGCUUCAAUGGCUACUUCUUUUGCUUCCGUCACUGGUACAAGCUUGAUGAUUGGAAUGGGGAGUGCUUUAGACACAUUCUGUGGACAAUCAUAUGGCGCAAAACAGUAUCACAUGCUCGGAAUCCAUAUGCAGAGAGCGAUGAUUGUUCUUUUAUCAGUGAGCAUUCCUCUUGCUUUCAUUUGGGCAAAUGCAGGAUCCUUGCUUGUUUUCCUAGGACAAGAUCCUGAAAUCUCAGCAGAAGCUGGACUCUAUGCUCGAUUCAUGAUCCCUAGUCUUUUUGCAAACGCAUUACUUCAAUGCCAUGUUCGAUUUCUUCAAUCUCAAAACAAUGUCGUUCCGAUGAUGUUAAGCACUGGGAUUACGACGCUUGUUCAUGUUCUUGUUUGUUGGAUUAUGGUGUUUAAAUCUGGGCUCGGAAGUCGAGGUGCAGCAUUAGCGAAUGCUGUUUCUCUUUGGAUUAAUGUUUUGUUGUUGGCGAUUUAUGUUCGGGUUUCUCCUUCGUGUAAAAAGACUUGGACUGGUUUCUCGAAAGAAGCUUUCUGUAACAUUCCGACAUUUUUGAAACUUGCAGUUCCUUCUGCAGUUAUGGUCUGUUUGGAGAUAUGGUCGUUUGAGAUGAUGGUGUUGUUAUCUGGUCUUCUUCCAAAUCCUCAACUAGAAACCUCGGUUCUUUCUAUCAGCUUGAAUACAUGUUCAAUGAUUUACAUGAUUCCUCUUGGUCUAAGUAGUGCCACAAGUGUAAGGGUUUCAAAUGAAUUAGGUGCUGGGAAGGCACACGCAGCACGUUUAGCGAUACGUGUUGCAAUGGUUGCAGUAGUGACCGAAGGGGUUUUGGGUUCAAUGGUCUUGAUUUUUGGGAGAAAACUAUGGGGGUAUUGUUAUAGCAAUGAAGAAGAGGUGGUGACCUAUAUCGCACAAAUGAUGUUGCUUAUUGCCGGAUCUCAUUUCAUUGAUGGCGUCCAAUCCGUACUUUCAGGGGCGGUUAGAGGGAGUGGAAGACAAAAAGUUGGUGCAAUUGUGAACUUAGGAGCGUAUUAUCUAAUCGGGAUUCCUUUAGCGAUCUUGUUUGCUUUUGUACUUCAUAUGGGAGGAAAGGGAUUAUGGUAUGGGAUUAUUGCUGCAUUAUUUGCUCAAGCGUUCUUUCUUUAUGUUUUGACAUUAUGCACAAACUGGGAAAAGGAAGCAAAGAAAGCCAAUCAAAGAGUUUAUGAGUCUAUGGUCCAUGAUGAAGUAUCAUAGCGAAGUUUCCAGAGGUGGUCUUAAACGGUGGCAGUAACGUACGUUUAUCAUGUAGCCAGUAGUGGCGGAAGAACGUUAACCCCCCCAACUUUUAUCCCAUUUCUUUAACCCAACUCUAUAAAUAGCCCUCAUCCUGAUCCUCAUCUUCUUCGUUUGUUGGUCAUCAUUCUAUCAGAUCAUUUUCUCCUUGUGUAAUUUUACAUGACGAACAUAUUUUUUCCUUAAGCAUUUUCAUGAUCAGAUUUCAUCUUGCAUUUUUAUGUUAUAUGUUAAAUGCAUUUUUGAUGUUAGAUAUCCGUUCCUUUAGUUUCCAUUAUGACCCCUAAUCCGUUGUUAUUCUUGUUAAAAAGGUUAAAAAAAUGUUGUUAGUUAAUCUUUCAACCUAAACUUGAAAUAAUUCGUUUUAUAUAUUAGGAAUAGGUACUUGGUAUGUUUGGUGCAGGAAAAUAAAGUUGAGGGGCUUAGUUGUCAUAUGUUCAUUCUUAUGGACUGCAGAGCUCAUAAAGAAGAAUAGAAGUGUAGGAACACGCGGACUUUGGGUCAUCCAAUCCGGAUUGACCAUUAGUCUUCUUCUCAUUCCAUCUUCCAUCUUCUUCUUCUUCUUCCAUCUUCUUCUUCCAUUUUUUUUCUCCUUCCAUCUUCUUCUCCUCCCCUCCCUUUCCUCCCCCUCUUUAAAAAUUAAACUCAAGAACACAGCGUUUUACUCUCGUGUUAAAACUGAUUCAUAUCAGAGGAAACCCAAAAUUCCUCUCAACUUUUUCACUCGUGAGUUUUUAUUUUGUAAUUUGUUUUUGUGCACUGGUUCUUCGUUGAUUAAGAGAACUGUACAAGUGUUCUUCCAGUUUUUUCUUUUCAAAUUGUUUAGUUCUACUCUUUCUGUUGAAACUCUGUCCAUGGGUUUCGCUAUUUCUUUAGUAAGUAAGUUUUUACUCUGUUUAUGUUUCUUACCAAUCACCGACGAAGACGAAAGGAUCAAAAGAAUCCGGCAACUUCGCGUCAAAAUCAGUGGCAAACGUCGGUUCCUCCGGUUGCAUCGCGUCCAUACCGUUGAACCCAUCAGUACCCGUAACCUUCAACGGGGGAAAAGGAGGAAGCAAAGGCAUUUACGUGAAAAAAUCCUGAAUAAGUUACAGUGACAAGCAGAUGGUGUUCCACGGACGAGUAACGGCGGAGGAGAAGGCGUCGGCCGGAGAGUGGGUACAAAGAGAUUUACAAGGAGCAGAGAGUUCGCAAUGUGAGUUACAGCAAGAACACCAUAGCGUAUGACAAUGGUGAUGAUGGUGAGUAUGAGUAUGGGGGUUUAAUCGAAUGGUCUAUGUAGGUAAUGAGUAUGCGAUAAUCUGUUUUUAGGGAUAAAAGAUUCUGCAUAUCUUUUUUGUACUCUGGUAUAUUUGUUUCUGUAAUGGAUCAUCUGUUGUUUCUA